AUGGCUACUGCUGGUGGUGCUUCUGAAAGCGAUCGCGAGAUAGACGGACAAAAAGAGACGAAGAGACUCAUAGAAAGAGUCAUACCUUGGAUAACGUAUCGAUGUAACUUCCCUCCUAUAUCUCCUACAAAUUUAACCACGGAUUGUGGGUGGGGCUGCAUGGUCCGAUCUGGUCAGAUGUUAUUAGCUACUACAUUACAUUUACAUUUAUUAGGAAAAGUUUGUUUUCAAAAUAUUUUUCAAAAAAUACACACACAGAUUCUCUCAUGGUUUGGUGAUGACCACUGUCUCUAUUCCCCAUUUUCAAUUCAUCGAAUGAUGGAUGCAGCCAUUCUCCAUGGGAAUCAACCUGGAGACUGGUUUGGACCUUCUCAAGUAGCCGUUUUAAUAAGGGACUGUGUCAAGAGAGCGCUGAGAGAACACAUAAAUUUACAGAAAUUAAAUAUCUACGUAUCACAUGAUUGUACAGUAUAUGUAGGUGAUGUAUUAGAUAUUUUUGAUGCUGAUCUUGAACAGUCAUUGUUAGUAAUGGUACCAGUUAGAUUAGGGAGUGAAUCACUUAACCCUAUAUAUAUACCCUGUGUUAAGGCUCUUUUAGCUCUUGAUCACAGUGUUGGUAUAAUAGGUGGUAAACAACAUUCAGUAUUCUUUGUUGGUCAUCAAGAUGACAAUUUAAUUCAUCUUGAUCCUCACUACUCACAGACUACAGUAGAUAUGACAAGACCUGAUUUCGAUGUUUCUACAUAUCAUUGUCGUACUCCCAAAAAAAUCCCUGUAUCAAAAAUGGAUCCAUCCUGUACCCUUGGUUUUUAUUGUCAUACGUUAGAAGACUUUAAAGAAUUUCAAAAACAGGCAGAAAAGACCCCCGUGGGUCUUCGUCGCUACGACUCGUCUCUUCGUUGGAUCGCCUCUCCACGACUCGUCUCUUCGUUGGAUCACCUCUCCACGACUCGUCUCUUCAUUCGUCGCUGGAUCAUCUUUUCAAAGUUAUGA